AUGGGUUCUGAUAGCUUGCGCUCGCGAAUCAGAGCGUUCCGGUAUCAUGAUGAUGAACAGGAUGCAGCAGAUCAACUGACAGAGUCACUUAGAGUCGAUUCUCCGUUUUUGCUGGCGAAAACGGGCCCGAAAUCGCCCCACAAAGUCCACAAACCGUCCAGCUCAACAAAACGCAGGUCAACGGCUACGGUCAGCAAAUCCCGUCAAAAGGCCCCAACACCGGCACCCAGAGCAUUGCCAGACCUUCCACCGUGUCUCACCACCGAGCAGCAAGUCCUUUUUGUCGGAUACAACCCUGGAGUUGAGUCGUCGCUCCAGCAGCACCAUUAUGCCCAUUUCACCAAUCUCUUUUGGAAACUCUUCAACCAGAGCCAGCUCUUCACCAAGGUGCUCCAGCGCAUCCAGUACGAUCUGAAGGACCCCUUGCUCGAAGAACCCUCCAUUAGGCCCCACCAUGAUAACGAUUUGAUCCGGUUCAAGAUUGGUUUCACUGACUUGGUGCUCCGCUGCACCAAAACAGCCCAGGAGUUGAGUAUGGCCGAGAAGUUGGCCAACGUGCCACGACUCUUCCAAGAGUUCCAGUUCACUCAGUCUCGCUACCUUGUUUUUAUAGGAAAAGGCAUUUGGGAGAUUAUUGUCAAGUACUUGGCCACGAAGCUAGCUAUUAAGGUCAAGCUCACAAAGGGCAACUUCGCAUGGGGCGAACAGAAAAUUCGGGACGGGACAGGCGAGGAUGUCCGUUUGUACAAUUAUAUGUUGAAAGCAGCGAGGAAGGAGAUUCCUGAGAUCACCAGAAUUUACGUGUUUCCCAACACUUCUGGGUUGGUGGCCAGCUUGUCGUUUGGCGAGAAGUUGGCACUCUGGGUAGACUUGGUGGAGCAAAUUUGA